AUGUCUGAAAGAACUGCUAGAGAAUGUUUAUACAAGUUUUGCAAAUUUGUGGUGACGCUCUACAGCCAAAAAUAUUUGCGAAAACCGAAUUACAAUGACGUCCAAAAUUUGUAUCAACACCACCAAGCAAGGCACGGUUUUCCAGGCAUGAUCGGGAGCAUUGAUUGCAUGCAUUGGGCAUGGCGGAAUUGUCCUACCGCUUGGCGAGGAAUGUAUACGCGAGGCGAUCAGGGACAUCCAACAAUAAUUCUAGAAGCUGUUGCGUCUCAAGACCUAUGGAUUUGGCAUGCUUUCUUUGGGAUUCCUUGUUCGAAUAACGACAUCAACGUUCUACAAAAUUCUGAGGUUUUUGACGAUGUUAUAAAAGGGAUCGGUCCUAAUACGAGGUUUACAGUUUCGGGUGUGGAGUACAGACGCGGGUAUUAUCUUGCCGAUGGAAUAUACCCACAAUACUCUACAAUAGUUAAAACGGUUAGGCAUCCUCCAGAUGAAAAAAGAAAGAAAUUUGCCAAGUUUCAAGAAGCGGCUAGAAAAGAUAUUGAACGGUGUUUUGGGGUUCUCCAACAAAGAUGGCAUAUUAUUGAAAACCCAGCACACGCUUUUACACCCAAAACGUUGCGAUACUGCAUAACAUGA